AUGGCGCUCGACGAGAAACCCACAGACAUUGAGCGUAUUACCCCAAGCGUGUCCAGCUCUGUGGGGAGCCGCAAUAAGUGUCCAGGCGACCAAGGAGACGUUGAAAAGGCGCUGGAAGUGCUCGAGGAGAAGGAUGUCAAAACUAUCACAGUCGAAGCGACGGCUGACCCAGACGUUGUCGGCUGGGAUGGGCCCAACGACCCGGAAAACCCAAUGAAUUGGCCUGCGCUGAAAAAAUGGACCAAUAUUGGUCUGCUGUCCUUUAUUACGCUUUUGACGCCUUUUGGCUCGUCUAUGUUUGCACCGGCUGUACCUCAGGUGAUGCAAGACUUCCACUCCAACAGCGAUGCUCUGGCAUCAUUCUCGGUAUCUGUCUACGUGCUCGGGUAUGCUUUCGGCCCACUUGUUAUAGCUCCGAUGAGUGAGUUGUACGGGCGACUGCCGGUCUACCAUGUCAACACAUUCCUCUUCAUGGUGUUCACUUUCGCCUGCGGCAAGUCGCCAAACUUGUCCGCGAUGAUUGUGUUUCGAUUCUUUGCGGGUUUGGCGGGUUCUUGUCCCUUGACUGUCGGAUCUGGUUCCAUCGCAGAUACUUUCCGACAGGACCAGCGCGGAAAGGUCAUGAGUAUUUGGACUUUCCCAAUCCUCUUCGGACCAAGCUUGGGUCCUGUGGUAGGGUCAUAUCUCUCUGAAGCGGCUGGGUGGCAAUGGGACUUUUACCUUCUCGCUAUUUGUACGGCAGCCAUGUUCGCCGUGGCGCUCAUCGUCCAAAGAGAAACAUACCCGCCCAUUCUUCUCGAGAGAAAAGUCAAACGGCUCCGAAAAGAAACAGGGAACGACAAGCUCCGAUCGGUGCUUCAAUCUUCCAGGGCUCCGUCACAGUUGUUCUUCCUGAGUGUGGUCCGUCCAACCAAAAUGCUGUUUCUGUCACCAAUCAUAUUCGGUCUUUCUCUAUACAUUGCGGUGGUGUAUGGGUAUCUUUAUCUGUUGUUCACCACCAUGACGUUCAUCUUCCAUGAUGAAUACGGCAUCAGUUCGAGUAAUGUUGGCCUUGUGUUUUUGGGCAUCGGAUUGGGUCAAUUUCUUGGACUGUUGAUGUUCGGGGCGUAUUCCGACAAGUUGCUGAAAAAGCUGGCUAAGAACGGUGAGAUGAAGCCCGAGUACCGCUUGCCAUUGCUUUGGCCGGGUGCGAUCGCCGUGCCUGUUGGUCUUUUCUUGUAUGGCUGGAGUGCGCAGUACCACGUGCAUUGGAUAGUGCCGAUCCUGGGGACGGUUUUGUUGGGCCUUGGGAUGGUCGGAACAUUUAUGUCAAUGUCCAUUUAUCUGGUUGAUGCGUACACUUUCUACGCUGCGAGCGCGAUGGCGGCCAAUACAGUUCUCCGCAGCCUUGGGGGUGCAUUUCUCCCCCUGGCCGGGCGACAAAUGUACAAUGCAUUGGGGCUCGGAUGGGGAAACAGCUUACUUGCAUUCAUCUCUUUGGGCAUGUCGCCGAUGAUCUGGGUGUUCUUGAAGUACGGCGAGAGGAUCAGGACCCAUCCAAGAUUCCAGCUAAAACUCUGA